UGAUCGCAGCGGUAUAUUUUUUUGGCGUGUUGCUGCGAUCCUGAACAAAAACGAAAAAUGCACGUGGAUCUAAGCUUAAUUAAGGAGGAGAUCGACAUUGACGACACCACGAUAAAGUUGGAGGUGGAAGAGAAUGCACCGGACGAGCCAAUGGAUGUUUCCUGUGCGAGUGAAGCCGUGAAAAUACUUGAGGAGCAUGCUGAUAUGAUAACUGUACCACUCAGCGAGCAAAGAUCGGAGGACGAGCGCCAGUUUAUAGCCAGCCUUGGUACGAUCGAUGCGCAACAGUUAUUCGAAGAUUCGUUGGAGAACCAAAAUGGCUGCGCAUACGAGUGUCAUAUUUGCAAUAUGAAGCUACCCACUCAAAUGGAGGUUAAGGCGCACCUGGUUAACCAUCAGAUGAACCGUCACUUCUGUCGCCAUGGAUGCGGUACCUGGAGCGGCACGCUGGAAUUGGCGCUGGAACACGAAUAUCGAAAGCAUUAUGACGGCAUACUCACUCUCUGUUGCAGAAUCUGUGAUUUAAGGGUUGAUGGCGCAGACCACCUGGCCAGCCAUAUGAAAAGCCACUCCUAUUUGACUCGCUACGUGUGCGCCAUAUGCCGUCGUAAUUUCUACUCUCAGGUGGGCCUGCUACUCCACCGAAAGAACACGACCUAUGUCUGCGGACAGUUGGAGUAUAUUCCGGGCAUUUCUGCGACACCAGAGCAAGUGGCAGCCAAUCCGCUGACCUUUGUGCAGAAUCAGCAUGAAGAAUUUAAUCCGCUGAGAAUUGUGAAGAUUAAGGAUGAACCACUAAGCGUUGUAAAGGUCAAGGAUGAGCCGCUGAGCAGUGUGAAGAUCAAGGAUGAACCGCUAGACGUAGAUGGGAUGGAUCCUGCUGCACUGAAAGAGGCUGGGCUUGAUGUUCACAUCAAAGACGAGCCCUUAGACGUGGCCACGGAGACGGCCGACGCUACCGACUUUAUUCCUACAGAGGAGAUGCCGGACUCUUCGAAAGGAUCGAUCUGGGACAGCCUACCCGUUGAGCUGAGAGGCAAGCUGCGAUUGCCUGCCUUGAAGCCCAAGCCAGCGAUGACAAAUACCCCUCGGCCACCCCUCAAAUUUGUCAAAAUGAAUGUCCCACCGCCAGCAUCAAAUGCCGCUCCUGUUGGUGUGCAGCGGUCUAUUUUUAAAGUUUUGCCCAACGGCCAAAAGGUCAACAUUACGGAUUUGUUGAGCUUAAAGAAGUUGGCAAAUUUCAAGACAAACGUGCAUGAAAGUACCAAGCCCCCGAUAUCUUCGAAUAUACUGAAAGUAUUGCCCAACAACUGCAUGGUCAUCAAGCUGCCGCCAAAUACAAAAAUUGUCAAGCUAACGAAUCAGCCGAGUGCACUUGCCGCUGAAAAGGCAAGCGAAGUGCCCUCGUCCCCGUUUCCGCAGAACGGAUCUCCACAAUUGCCAAAGUCGCUUACAAUUAGCAAGAUUACGCGAGAAGAAACCAUUUUUCCCGUUCCGACGGCAGGUGCAGUGGAUUAUAAACCCAUUAAUCCUCAUCGGGAUCGCGGCUACAGUCUGAAGAAUCGCCCAGAGUGUCAGGAGUUGAUUACGGAAAUACAAAAUCAAAUACGCUCCAUAGAGAAGACGCUGCCAUUGCCGGGCACAGUCUUAUUUUCAAGAGCUGAUUUGUUGACGAAUUCAGUCCCUGUGCCAGUUCCUCCACUCCCGCCGACAGUUACACUUCCGGGCGAGCCCGUGGAGAUGGAAGUGUUUCUAAAUCCCAUGGCGCAUACGGUGAUGGGGGAGCUGCGCAAGAAACACCCGGACUAUAAUUUCUUUUGGACUUGUCCCAUCUGUGGACGCACCUAUGUGCAGGGCUACUCAUUCCGCGCGCAUCUGAUACAGGAGCACAAGCAGACGAGCGCCAAUCUGCUACAGCUAAAGGUGAAAUUAAAGCCCCAAAUAAAAUCCUCGUGGACAGAAACGGUGGAGCCAUCAAAAAAUAAACCAGAUUCGGACUCGAGCGUGUCCGAGCCUGCUCCACUGGAUGAUUUAGUCUUGGAGAAGCCAUCAAAGCCUGCAACUCCAAAAAAGGAGAUAACAUCGGUUACAGCCUCGGAUCCAGUCAUCGAAAUAGGCUCAUCAGAAUCCGAACCAAAGGAAUCAUAUAUAUUCAAGCCUUCAGAUAAAUUGAAGAAUGCGAAAAUAGAUGAAACAAAUCUGUCGCAGUACCAGUGCCCCACGUGCCUCAAGAUAUUCACAACGCAGGGCGGCAUGCGCAUUCACAUGUCCAUCCACACGGGUGAAAUGCCGUACCAGUGCCACUAUUGCGACAAACGAUUCCGGACUCCUGGCCAAGUGCGUGUACACGAGCGCCGUCACACUGGCGAGAAACCUUUUCAAUGCAAGAUCUGCUGCCUGGAAUUUACUCAUCGAGAGACACUCAUCUCUCACCUAUCACGCCAUAUUGGAAUGAAGCGCUACAAGUGCUACGGCUGUGACAAGUACUUUGUCGUGGUGAGCGGCCUGCGGGCCCAUCGUCGUCUGCGUCCGGAUACGUGUGGGAAGGUUAAGUUUACGGCCCGUGCCCAUGGGCCGCGGGUGCGUGUCAUAAAAGGGGAAGUCGUUUUCGAGCACCAGCCCAGCUACAAUGGUUACUUGCGCAGUGAAGAUCCGCUUGAGAUAUUGAAAGAGCGGGAAAAAAUCGAGGGUAAAGCCAAGCCAGAAGGUGCGGCGGCGGCUCAGGCUUUUCCUUUGGCUGCUCCCUUGGCGGCGGCUGCACCCUCGGCUGCGGCUGCUCCCUUGGCGGCGGCUGUACCCUCGGCUGUGGCUGUAUCCUUGGCUGCGGCCGUAGUCUAGAAUUGUUGUUUUGUUAGUAUUUUGCUUUUACACAGUUUGCUUUUGAACUAAAAACACAUCGUUACCAUAAAUUGUACAUACUCAAAGAACACCAAUAAAAAAUAAAUUCAUAUU